UAUACCAGCAUAUCUCUCUGUGUCUAAUCAUGGCGCUUUUCCGAGCUGCAAUUUCUGGUAGGAUCCUCAAGUCCAGCACGGUUGUCGGAGCGCGAUCCAUGUCGUCAUGGUGGCAAAGUGUCGAGCCGGCUCCUAAAGAUCCGAUCCUCGGCGUCACUGAGGCUUUCCUCGCAGAUCCUAGCCCCGACAAAGUCAAUGUCGGAGUUGGAGCUUACCGUGACGAUAAUGGAAAGCCGGUGGUGCUCGACUGUGUCCGGGAAGCAGAGCGGAGAAUCGCGGGUGGUUUUAACAUGGAAUAUCUUCCAAUGGGAGGAAGCGUUAACAUGAUUGAGGAAUCUCUGAAGUUGGCCUAUGGGGAAAAUUCUGACUUGAUAAAAGACAAGCGGAUUGGAGCCAUCCAAUCUCUAUCUGGGACGGGUGCAUGCCGAAUUUUUGCAGACUUCCAAAAGCGCUUUUGUCCUGAUUCACAAAUUUUUAUUCCUGUUCCUACAUGGUCUAAUCAUCAUAACAUUUGGAGAGAUGCCAAUGUCACUCAAAAGACAUACCGUUAUUACCAUCCAGAGUCAAAAGGAUUGGACUUCACUGGCAUGAUGGAUGAUAUAAAGAAUGCACCAAAUGGGUCAUUCUUCUUACUUCAUGCUUGUGCCCAUAAUCCUACUGGAGUAGACCCGACAGAGGAACAAUGGAAGGAGAUCUCUCACCAGCUCAAGGUGAAGGGACAUUUUGCCUUCUUUGAUAUGGCAUAUCAAGGAUUUGCCAGUGGAAACACAGUGAAGGAUGCCAAAGCUAUCCAGAUAUUCAUUGAGGAUGGUCAUCAAGUUGGAUGUGCCCAGUCAUAUGCCAAAAAUAUGGGACUGUAUGGCCAGAGAAUUGGGUGUCUGAGUGUGGUCUGUGAUGAUGACAAACAAGCUGUAGCUGUAAAAAGUCAGUUGCAGCAGCUUGCAAGGCCCAUGUACAGUAAUCCACCAGUCCAUGGUGCCCUCAUAGUUUCUACCAUCCUAGGUGAUCCAGAAUUGAAGAAAUUGUGGCUUGGGGAAGUAAAGGGCAUGGCAGAUCGCAUUAUAGGGAUGAGGACUGCACUAAGGGAAAACCUUGAAAACCUGGGCUCUUCUUUAUCAUGGGAGCAUAUAACCAAUCAGAUUGGCAUGUUCUGCUAUAGCGGAAUGACACCCGACCAAGUAGAUCGCUUGACGAAAGAGUUCCAUAUCUACAUGACGCGUAAUGGUCGUAUUAGUAUGGCUGGAGUUACUACAGGAAAUGUUGGCUACUUGGCUAAUGCUAUUCAUGAGGUUACCAAAUAAUCAACCCUCAAGCCUGUGACAGUGUAGGGAGGGAGGGUGGCUAGAAAGGAACAAACGAUUUGUUGUGAGCUCAAUCAUUAUUGAAUAAAACUCGUUCCAUUGGUAAAAAGAGAUCUCACUGUGUGUGAGAAUUUUGAAAUGUAGAAUUAUGUCCAUUCAUGAUUGUAAAUGGGGAGAAAGAUAUGACAUUCCCCCUCCUAAAUGUGGAAUAAGUUAUUUACUUGACAUUGACGUUAUACUGAUUUGUCCAAA